AUGGUCCGAACAGAGGGAAAAGAAAAGGUUAAGGAGAUGAAGUGGGAGGAGUUUAUUCAUAAGUUUCUUGCUAAGUAUUGCCCUCCCAGUGAGACCGAGCAACUGGAAGUGGAAUUCUUUCAGUUAAAAAUGGGAAAUAAAACCUAUCGAGAGUAUGUUUCUCGUUUCAACGACAUAUCUCGACUGGUUUCUUAUUUAGCAUUGACUGAGGAACAACUGAUCAAUAGGUUUAUUUGGGGUCUACCCUCUGAAAUGAGGGUGUUUAUCAAAUCCAAAUCCCCCAAGACUUUUGCAGAAACUGUUGAGGUUGGCGCCGUCAUGGCUGCCGAGAUGAUUCUGCGGCAGGCUGAAUCUCCCGCACCAAAAAGAAAGUGGGAAGAAAGAAAGGGGGACACCCGGAAUAACAACUUUAAAAGGCCUAAAACAUUUCCUCAAUGUCAAAUUUGCAAACGCUUUCAUACGGGGGAAUGUCGUUUUCCUUGUCCAAAUUGUAAAAAGACGGGUCAUGCUCUUCAAGAAUGCAAGGAAAAGAAGAAGUGUUUCAAAUGUGGAGACCCUAACCACAUGAGAUCUGAAUGUCCCGAACUUAAAAGAAAUGAUAAGAUACAACCAAAUCAGCCAAAAGGGCGGGCAUUUGUACUCACCACAGAAGAAACCAAGACCAAUACAGACGUUAUCACGGGUACGUAUCUCAUAAAUGAUGUAUAUGCGCGUGUGUUAUUUGAUACCGGUGCAAAUAGAAGUCUAGUGUCGACUACCUUUAGACCUUACUUGAACCAGGCGUCCCAAACCCUAGAUCAUGCCUUUACAGUAGAAAUGGCUGAUGGAAGUCAAAGAGAGAUAGUUGACAUAGUUAAGAAUUGUAAAAUAAGCUUAAACAACCAUGUUAUCCCUAUAGACCUAAUGCCUAUGGAACUUGGAGAAUUCGACAUAGUCAUAGGAAUGGACUGGUUGACACCAUAUCAUGCGGAAGUUAUAUGUGACAAAAGGAUCAUCCGACUCCGAUUACCCAACGGUAAACAACUAACUGUAUCGGGAGACCGCACUGACAAGACUAAGAACCUCAUCACGAUAGCACAAGCACAUAAAUGCCUAAGGAAAGGGUAUGUUGCCUUUUUAGCAUAUGUCGUAAACACUACAGAAAAGCAGGAGGUCGAGGACGUGCCAGUAGUACGAGAAUACCCCGAAGUGUUUCCCGAUGAGCUCCCGGGACUACCAUCGGAUAGACAGGUUGAGUUUCGCAUUGACCUAGUUCCAGGAAUACAUAAUACUUUCCAUGUAUCAAAUUUAAGGAAGUGCCUAGUGGACGAAGCCCAACAAAUACCCCUGGAAGACGUACAGGUUGACGAAAAACUCAACUUCAUUGAAGAACCACUACAAAUCGAAGAUAGGAAGGUUAAAAAGUUACGCAAGAAGGAAAUCCCGUUAGUCAAAGUCAAGUGGAACGCACAUCAUGGACCCAACUUUACAUGGGAACUAGAAAACAUAAUGAAAUAUGUACCCUCAUCUUUUUAA